AUUAGUGGAUUGCGGGCCGAGCGCGCACGAUCCGGCCGGGGCUGGCCCGGUAGUGGUUGAUCCGAGCUCGGCGGUCGUCACAGUGGUGCUGCCGCUCGCACAGUGGUGCUGCCGCUCGCCCCCAGUCUGUUUCAGGGUGUGGGGGCUGCCUACUCCUCACUUGCGAUCCGGGCCCCGGGGAGCGCCGUCGUCGAGGCAGGCCACGAUGGCGCGGGCCGAUGCACCCAUCAUGCAGUGGCAAGGUAAUCCCCGCAACCUGCCCAUAAGAGAUGGCAGCAUAUCCCUCAACUGGAGCGCGCUCGGGAAAUGGGAUCCCCGCUCUAAAAUCGGAUUAGUAUGGAAGUUCCAAUUGGAGCCGCGGAUGGAUCUGGGGAACGGCCACACGGUCACGCUGACGGUCUCGUUCCGGUCGAGUCGGCGCGUCAUCGUGCACGACGGCGUGCGGGUGGAGUACAGCGUCCGCGAGGAUCGCGCGCGCAGCUAUGCCUGGCGACGUGACGGCCACGACUUCGCGAUCCAGGAGCUGCCGAACGGCCCGCGCGACAUCUCGCGCUUCCGAUUUGUUGUGGACAGCGCGUGCUCGUUUACGACGCCCGGCGGGCAGCGCGCGUUCAUCGACGUCGCGCUGUCGGGCACGCGCUCCCCGACGCACGCGCAGCCAGUUUCUGCGAACGCGGCUAGCGCGCUCCCGUGCGCCGAAGCGAGAGUCGUGGACGCGGACCCGGCGAGCGGGACCCUGACGGCGGAGCGCGCCGGCGUCUACUUGACGCCGGCGGAGCGGCAGGAGCAUAUUUUCCAAGUCGGGGGCGUCGAUGCAGACCUCGCACGGGCGCUCGCGGCGUCGGCGCGCGAAUCGGCCAACGCCCGCCAGUUCGAGGCGGACACGGCCCUGGCGCGCCAGCUGUCGAGCGACGGAGAGGUGGCGUCGCCGCGGAGGCCGCGCGCCCCCGACGCGCCCCCGGCGUCGCCACUGUCGCCGCGGUCGCCGACGGCGCCCCCGCUGCCCGUGGCCUCGCCGUCGCCGCGGCCGUCCGCCACGUGGUACUGGGAGGAGGAGCCGCACCGACUGACGGCGCACAACCCCGCCCUCGUGAAGCCGCCACACUGGGUCGCGUACCCCGACGACGUCCAGGCCGUGCUGGAAGCGGCCUUUCAAGCGGGACAUCCCACGUGCACCGGCGCAAAUAACGUCGUGGACUUCGUGGCGCGGCAGCAAACGAAUUUGCGGACCGGCGCCAAGCGGGCCGUGCUGCGGGACGACGCCGCCUUCUUCGAGCGCGACGUGCUGCGGGAGGACCGCGACGCCGCGGCGGCCUUCGCACCCCCGUCGCCGCCCGCGGUCGUCGCGCCGCCUGCGCCGGCACCUGCGCCACGGCGUCCGCCGGCACCCUCGUCGCCGCCGACCGGGCCGCCACCUCAGCGGCAGUGGGACGAGGCACGGCCGUGGGUCGCGGCGGACGAGGCGCUCGCCGACAUCGCCGAGGCCGCGUCCAUCGUCCAUGCGUCCACGAGCGGCCAGAGCCUCGACCCGCGCGCGCUUGCUUCGGUGCCCUGGGCGCACCAAAUCAUCGAGCUGCGAACUUUGAUCGGCGCCAAAGGCAUGGAGACGCUCAGCGCCGGCCGCGAGCCCGUGCCCCGCUUCGCUGUGACGUGGGCGAAGCUCCGCACGCAACGCGCGGAGAUCGACCGAGCGCUGCGCGAUCGAGCUGCCGAAGCGCCGGCGGCGUCGGUCGCGCCGCCGUCGCCGCCGCGUCUCAGCCGGGCGCAGGAACUGCAACGACGCCGGGAUCUGCAACGAAGCCGGGCACCGCCGUCGCCACCCGCGGAGCCGCUUCGCCUACACGCGCGCAUCACCGCUUUGAGCUUUGAGGAGGCACGGCACCGGACGCAGGAAGGCGCCACCGCCGGCGUGGGUGACGACGAUGAUCUGACGCGGGCGCUGGCGGCGUCGCGGCGCGUCGCGGCUGCCGAGGAGCGGCACCGGGAAGAUCUCACACGGGCGCUCGUGGCGUCGCGUGACGUUGCGGUUGCCGAGGAGCGGCGUCGGGCACAGUGCGCCACCGCCGACGACGAGGUCGAGUACGCCCGUCACGUCCACAUCGGCGAGACGCCCGUCCCGCCUGGCCAUGUAAGAGUUCGCGUGCCGCCGGGCAUGGGCCCCGGUUCGGAGGCGGCCUUCACGGCGCCGGACGGAAGAGUGCUUAGGGCAACUAUCCCAGCCGGUGCGACGGAGGACUCCCUCUUCGACGUACGAUUGCCACCGCGGCGCACCAUCUCCGAGGAAGCUUCACCCGCGGCGCCGCCGUCGCCGCCCGCGGAAGAGGCCAGUCCCGGCCGUCGAGGUGACGUGAUACGGAUCUUCGAGGAAGCGCAGCGCCGGCGCGCCGCUGAGGCAGCCGCGGCCAAAGACGACGUGCCACCCCAACCGCGCGUCGCGGGACGCAUGAUGGCCGAAAGUGACAGCGAUAGCGACAGCGACGAGGCAAAGGAGACCGCCCGCGGGGCGCGGCCCGCCCCGCCGCCGAUGUUAGGCGGCGUCCCGGACGGACCGGAACAGCUCGUUAGGAACAUCGAGGCCCACAUCCGUCUGCUGGAGCCCGCGUCGAGGGCCGACUUCCGCCGCCGCCUCGCGGCCGCGCGCAAUAACAUCAGCGCCCUGGCGGAGCUGAACCGACGCGUGGCCCAGGCCGUCGACGAGGAAAACGAAGCCACCGCGGAGCCCGAGCCCGCGCCGAUCGACCGGGAGGCGUUCGAGGCGCUCCUCGCGGGCCUCACCGACGACUCGGGCUCGGACGACUACUAGGAACCUCCAUGCUCCCCUUCUACCAAUCUAAUGUGAUCACAAAAUUAAAACUA